AGAAGCUUUAUAAAUACAUCUACCGACAGUCCUCUCUUCCAAACAUAGAAGAAAAAAAUGGAGAAGAAGAAAAUGAAUUCAGUGGCAGCUAUGGCUAUGGUGUUUUUGAUCCUUUUAUCGGCCAACAUCGACACAGUCGGCGUCGCUGCUCAAGGCGUCAAUUGCUAUGAUAACUGCAACACCGGAUGCGCCGGUCUCCCAUCCAAGCAAUAUAUCAAAUGUGAUAAGAAGUGCCACAAAAGAUGUGGAGAUGAUGACAAAAUUGAUGGAAACGUUGGUUGAAAGUGAUGAAAUUUACUAGCAAGCUAUUACUAUAUGGAGUUCUACAAAUUUACUUCUCUCUUCGAUAAUAAACUUUACUUGUACUAUGACUUUUUACUAUAAGAUGCAUUGUAUGAUGAUGAAACUAUGUACUACUAUUUGAUAUUAUAAUUCGCAAUUCAAUAAGCAAAACUAGUCGAGUCAAAAUUAAAUUUGCCAACGCUAUAAAUGAAGAAUUCAAAUA